AUGGAACGCAUUCUGAAGCGAGCCAUCUUAGAUCACCUUACUUCCAGCAAUCUGAUAUCUCCAGCUCAACACGGAUUUCUCCCAAACCGCUCCUGCCUGACAAACAUGCUCGUGUUUAUGGACAGCUUAACCCAAGCCAAGGAUGAAGAGCUCAUAUCGGAUGCCAAAGCUUCUGACGAUAAAGACUCGAACACUGUGAAAUCACCGAUUCGGGGUCAUCCUACUGCAAAACAUACACGAGAAGAGUCUCCUGUUAGUCUUUCUCGACGUCAUUACCGCUCUAGUGACGAAGACGAGUUGAGGCAUCGGCGCGAAAUUCGAUCAUCCAAGUGA